AUGGUGGGAUCGGGUAAAGUUGAGGACUUGAUGACGGAUAAGGUAUGGGGUUACGCGAUGCCCUUACGCAUUAGUGGUCAAUUGAGGUCGGACUUGGAAAGGUCUGCUUCUAAGUGCGAGCUUUUCGUUGGGAAUGAUUACUGCCCGGUGUUUGGCCGGAUCCAGGAGCCAUGUCAGGACGAGACAUCACCAUUCCUGCAUUCGGCAUUCUUGAGUUCGAACCGGAUCUCAUGGAGUAGCAAGAUGAGCUUGGCAGAGCUACAAGGACUAAGGCAGGGGCUAGAGUUGGUUACUCUGACUUAUGGCAAGUCCCAUCUUCUUAAGGCUAAGCAGAUUGAUCUGAACUGGAACCCCUGCUUUUUAACAACAACUCUCAUAACCUUGUCGACUCUUCCGAUCCCUCGAUCGCGUAGCUACGCUCAAGUAGAAGCCAAGGAAGGACUAUCACCGGAUUCAUUCAAAAGGGGGUCUACCCUUGGAUGCACUGAGAAAGCUUUUACACUACGAGAUUUCGGCUUGGACCGACUGAAGAGCUUAGUGCCUCCAGUCUUUCACAGCCAGCACUCUCAGCAUGUUGAAGUGAAGGCGACCGGGCUAAACAGCUUGAUCAAUGGACAUGUCGAUCACCUAAAAGCUCUAUCGAUUACCAACUUCACUCCGAUGGUCGAGAUAUCAGAUUUACUAAUCCGGAGAUCUGAAAAGGACCGGUUGGGUAAACCGAAAUAUCGGUCAUUUCAGUUCGAUUUUGACCGAAUGAACAGCCCUACUUACAAGAAUAAUAUAAACAAAGAAAGGGGAAGGAAAUUGGGGAAUAAAGGGAAAUUGGGGAAGGAAAUUGGACGGAGAAGAAAAUGGGGAAAAAGGGUGAAUGAAAUUGAGCAAGGAAACUGGGGAACAAAGGGGAAGAAAAUUAGAAAAGAAUGUGGAGAGUGGGGAAGAAAGGGGAUGGAUGAACGGGGAAGAUGGAAAGAAAUUAAGGAAGAAAUUGGAGGAGGGAAGAUAGCUACCCUUUUUCUCUCUCAUACAUUCACCCACAAAAAGACUAGAGAGAGAGGCUCUUACACACAGAGAGACGCACAUAAGCAACAAGCGAGAAAAGUUUCACCGGAGCAGAAGAAUUUGGAUCUCGAAAUCAGCUCGACCUACCGAUCUAUGGCCGUAAUUUGGAAAAUUCUGCUGGGUCUCGUCGCGGUCGCGUCCCUUUUAGCCUCCCAGGCGUCGGCCGGCGGCGACCGCGAGGCGGCGGUCGGGUUGCCGGCGAUAUCCGGCUGCAGGGGAACCGUCGGCGAGUGCCUCGAGGACGAGGACGAGGAGUUCGCGUUGGAAUCGGAGUCGACUCGGCGCAUCCUGACCAGCAGGCGGUACAUCAGCUACGGCGCGCUGCAGAGGAACAGCGUCCCCUGCUCGCGGCGCGGCGCGUCGUACUACAACUGCCGGCCGGGGGCGCAGGCCAACCCCUACCGCCGAAGCUGCAGCGCCAUCACUCGGUGCAGGAGCUGA